AUGGCACAGGAGGCAGCCCCCAUCCUGCUGGUGGUCCUCGCCGAGGUGGUGUCAUCCACGUGGCACGAAGGGUCUGGCUACUACGCUGCUGAGGGCCACACCAACGAGGUGUACGUGGAAGAGCCUCCUCCUGAGCCUGCCCUGGACUAUCGCCGAGUGCCCCAGUGGUGUGCCACGCUCAACAUCCACCGCGGAGAGGCCACCUGCUACUCGCCGCGGGGCAGCUCCUACCGCAGCAGCCUGGGAACGCGCUGCGAGCUGAGCUGCGCCCGCGGGUACCGGCUGGUGGGGCCCAGCGCUGUCCAGUGCCUGCCCAGCCGCCACUGGUCCGGGAUGGCGUACUGCCGGCAAAUUCGGUGCCCCAGGCUUCCAGCGGUGCUGCGGGGCUCCUAUGUCUGCUCGGCUGGGGGACAGAUGGAUUCCCGCUGCGACUACACUUGCCAGCCUGGCUACCAGCUGGAGGGCGACCAGAGACGCAUCUGCAUGGAAGAUGGGCGCUGGAGUGGCAGCGAGCCAAUCUGUGUAGAUUUGGAGCCUCCUAAGAUCCGCUGCCCAGACUCCCGAGAGCGGAUAGACGAGCCAGGCAAGCUGACUGCCACCAUCUACUGGGACCCACCCCGUGUGAGGGACUCUGCUGACGGUGUCAUCAAGAGGGUGAUGCUGCGGGGCCCAGAGCCCGGCUCUGAGUUCCCUGAAGGAGAGCACGUGAUCCGCUACACUGCCCACGACCAGGCCUACAACCGAGCCAGCUGCAAGUUCCGCAUCCGCGUGCAAGUGAGGCGCUGCCCUGUCCUGAAGCCCCCGCAGAAUGGCUACCUGUCCUGCACCUCUGAUGGCAACAACUACGGUGCCACCUGCGAGUACCUGUGCGAGGGGGGCUACGAGCGCCAGGGCACCUCGCUGAGGGUCUGCCAGUCCACCCAGCAGUGGACAGGCUCCCAGCCCCUCUGUGCACCCAUGCAGAUCAACACAGCUGUGAACUCAGCUGCCAGCUUGCUGGAUCAGUUCCACGAGAAACGUCGCCUCCUUGUCAUCUCGGCCCCCGACCCCUCUAACCGCUACUACAAGAUGCAGAUGUCCAUGCUGCAGCAAGCUGCCUGUGGGCUGGACCUGCGUCACGUCACCACUGUUGAGCUGGUGGGGCAGCCCCCACACGAGGUGGGACGCAUCCGGGAGCACCAGCUGUCCCUCAGCAUCAUCGAGGAGCUCAGGCAGUUCCUGCACCUCACCCGCUCCCACUUCAACGCGGUGCUGCUGGACAAGGGGGGCACUGACCGCGAGCGCUACAUCUCCCCCAUCAACCCUGACGAGCUCUUUGUCUUCAUCGACACUUACCUGCUGAGCGAGCGGGAGGCGGCGCGGCGGGCACAGAGCGGGGACCCCUGCGAGUGA